CUGCAACUUCUCCCUCUCCCGCCCCUCCCCGGCCCACCCGGCCGGACCCCUCGUGCCGCAGCAGGUCCCCCACGUGCUCCUUGUCGCGGCCGUGUCGCGAUAGCGCGACCCGCGCUCUCCCGCCUGCUUGCUGUGGACGGUGCCUUUUCUCAUGCCGUCUGUAAUCGAUCGCUCGGGCUCAGGAUGGACCAUGAACUGCCAGGCGGGAAGUGCUGCUCACACAGGACAGGACAAUGAAGCACACGAGGAGCACGAUACUUCUACUGAAAAUACAGAUGAUUCUAACCACGAUCCUCACUUCGAGCCUAUAGUUUCCCUUCCUGAGCAAGAAAUAAAAACUCUGGAAGAGGAUGAGGAAGAACUCUUCAAGAUGCGAGCGAAGCUUUUCCGGUUUGCGUCUGAGAACGAGCACCCCGAGUGGAAAGAGCGAGGGACGGGUGAUGUGAAACUCCUGAAGCACAAGGAGAAGGGAACAAUUCGCCUCCUGAUGCGGAGGGAUAAAACUCUCAAAAUCUGUGCAAACCAUUACAUCACACCCUUAAUGGAGCUGAAGCCCAACGCUGGGAGCGACAGGGCCUGGGUCUGGAACACACACGCUGACUUUGCAGACGAGUGCCCCAAGCCUGAACUUCUGGCAAUCCGAUUUUUAAACGCAGAGAAUGCACAGAAAUUCAAGGCAAAAUUUGAAGAAUGCAGGAACGAAGUAGGCAAGAAAGCAAAGAAAGCAGGCACAGACAAAAAUGAUAGUGCUGAUAAAGUGGCUGAAAAACUAGAAGAGCUUUCUGUAAAGGAAGAAAGCAGAGAAUCUGAGAAGAAGGAGACCAAGGAAAAAAACGAAGAAAAGCAAUAAAAUCAUCCUGGGCCUUGCAGUUUUUCCUUUACUUUUUUUUUUUCCUUGAUUUUGUUUUCUUUUGUUGUUGGUGGUUUUUUUAAAUUUUUUUUACAAGGGACUUUAUAAGGAACACAAUUCAACAUUCAGCUUGUUUUUUCUAAGCUUUUGCCCUUUGGAAGGUGUCUUCAGAAAAAUCCAUUCCCCGGUCAUGAAAAUGUACUGUGCUAACUUUCUUUUCCAUAGUGGAAACACUUAUUUAUAGUCAUCCAAAAGAGUGAAUAAAACAAAUGUGGCAUCAG